GAGGAGCAAGGCCAUGGCUUCUUCGAUAAGACGCAAUGGGAGCGAACAAGAUUCGCCUUUGAAGCCGCAAAAAAAUCAUCAGAUAGUUUAGAUGCGAAAGCGGCAUUUAUGGAUGACCAACAACCGAGAGAGACACCCCUGAUUGGUGAAUCGAGACAAUCGGUGGCGGUCAGAGGAGAAUACCUCAAUGAAAAACCUAAAUUCACCAUUACAUUACUGGUGAUAGAACUGGUGUGGUGUGUCAUUUGUAUACUCGUUUGGUCUGCUGCUGCAGACAAUCCACUUUUACCUUUACUACUCGCUAUUUUCAACAUGCUCGUGGUGUUUCUGCUGAUACUAUCAUGCCUAAGUGUAGAGUUCUUCCGGUUACAAGUGCGGAGAGAAGAUAGCAGAUCGGAAACAAGAUUCUUUGUGCCUUACUCGUGGAGAUACAUGAUGUGCGAAGCGCAUAUCUUGCGGGCCUGCUGUCUGCUCUGUGCAAAUAUAACGAUCAUGGCAUUCGAUGACGAUUUCGAUACAGGCUCCAUUAUUGUACUCGCUGCUACUCCUAUUCAUCUUAUAAUAGUCGCUAUACACAUAUUCAUUGCUGUUAAGCCUAAACGUGAAUAA